AGCAUGCGCGCGUUAAAUUAUAAGGGACUGCCACAUCACGCCAGGAUAUCAAUUGUGCCUUCAGUCUUCGUAAGAAUACGUAUUUGACACAAAAGCAAAUGCUGUGCUGAAACCAAUUUAUUUUACCUUUGACUGAAUUUUGUUUAAUUCAAAAGGUAUUCUACCGACGCACAUCUGAGAGCAGUGAGAACCCACUGAGAUCUAUCAACGUAGGAUUUAAGCUUUCCACAGCAAUGAACAACUCUUUAAAUUCAACUGCAAGUUCAGCGAUUCUGCCGAGGAAGUUUGUAUCAGAGCCGUUUGCAAUGACAGUUGUAAGGCUGUCUCUUUUUGGCAUCAUGUUCCUCGCUGCCGUCAUCGGAAAUUUCUUCGUGUUUACAGCUCUUUUUGGUAAUAGUCGCCUUCGAACAUUCAGUUAUUACCUGAUCACGAAUCUCGCAAUAAGCGACUUUUUUAGUAUCCUUUGGGUUCCUUUGAUUCUUGUUAACGAACAGCUAAAGUCUGGCUGGAUCUACGGUCCAUUCCUCUGUAAGUUGAUGAAUCCAAGCCAGGUCGUCUGCGGUUUGGUAACCACGAAUGUGCACGUUGCUAUAGCAGCUGAUCGAUAUUUCUCCAUAGUUAGUCCAUUUGGAUAUUCAUGCAAUCAUUUUAAAUACCGCCGUGCAUUUUUAGUUGUGUCUGCCAUUUGGAUCGUGGCGGUCGUUUGCUCUCUCCCGUUGUUUAUUUUUAGACGAGUAUUGAGCGUAACCUUCAAAUCUGGCAGGAAGAUGGAUUACUGCUUUGAAAUAUUUCCGCCCAUGAAUGCGGAUUCAGAGCAUGGUUAUCGUCAGAUUUACUCUGUGUUUCUUUUCCUAGUGAAUUAUAUUAUUCCCCUAUCUAUUUCUACCGUGCUGUACGCAAAAAUUAUUCUUCACUUAAAGAAAACCAAGCUUGAGAGGAAAAAAUUGGGUCGAAAAUUCAGCCAAAGAAGCAAAGCGUCAACAAAUGGUACCAAAGUGUAUUGCAACGAUUCAACUCAACUUGAGAGACGUUUUAUUUCUAUGGCUAUCGUCAUAAUUUUGAUAUUUUUCUUCUGUUAUUUGCCUUAUCAAGUUGUCUUUCUUCUCGUUGAGUUCACAGACUACGCUGCGUCGUGGAAAUAUGUUCGAAUACUAAUGAACAUAGUUUAUUUUCUGACGUGGGUGCCAAAUGCAUUGAACCCAAUCUGUUUUGGUGCCAUGGAUCAGCGCUAUUCGAAAGCUUUCAGAAAAAUUUGUUUCGCAUUUCAAGAUACCUCUGAUAAAGAUUCCAAGACCAAUCAAAGUGGAUCUCUGUCGAGACAAGCGCGUAAAGUAACUGACACUGAUGUAUAGAUGUCUCUUCAGGUGGAUAAAUUGUUUGAUUUGGUGUGACCACAAUAACGAUAUGCUUGGGGGGGGGGAGAACUCUUAGAAUUCUGGGUUAGGGAGUGUGAAUGAUCUCUUCAGUCUCUAACUAUAACGCAUCUCCAUUCCUUAUUUCAAGACAAGCAAUUCUAGAGUCCGUUUUUUUUCAAUAACCCAUAGUGUGAGGUUCAAAGGGGUACUGUCUCCCUCCCCUCCCCCCGGUCUUUAAGGACCGCUGGAUUAGAAGAGCAUGCAUAUUCGUUCAAUUAAAUUCAGCUUAUCUUUUAUGAUCUUUUUCUAAUUGUUUUGGCUGACUCUGCGGACUGGUCAACGAAGAUAUCCUCUGAAUAUGAACUGAUAAGAUGAAAAAAAAGGUUGUAGAUGAAAUAUUACGAAGUGAAAAGAAGCUCAAGUGUUUUUGUUAGUGAUCUUUAAGAAGUUUAUGCUAAAAUACGUGACUGACGUAUCCAGCCAUUUGUGCUCUGAGAUUAUAAUGAGACGGAAAAGGUCAUUG